UUAUCCCCAUCAGAAGCACAAACAGAACACUCAACAUGAAGCUCUUACUGAGCCUCCUUGUUGUUUCAACACUACCUCAAUUGGCUGAGCUACAAGUCCUCCCCACCAGCGCUCCGCAGAGAGCCGUGGCUGAGCUAGUCAAGGGGGUACCCUGGAUCUUCUCAGGGGAGAGCGUGCAUCUGAAGUGCAGUGUUCCUGGGAAUGUGUCGGCCGAGUGGAGGUACCGGUGGUUCAGGGGGGGCGAGCAGCUCCAGGAGUCUGAGUACUUUUUCCUGUGGAAGGCCAGGCCACAGCAGAGUGGGAAGUACUACUGCCAGGGCCUGAGAACCACAUGGAUAAGCACACAACACACCCUCCACAGCCUGCCCAUAGAAAUAGAGGUGGACGGUGGGUGGGCCAUCCUGCAGGCCCCGCCCCUGCCCAUGCUGGUUGGAGAGACAAUGACCCUGACGUGUCGUGUCCGUGACAACCCCAGACUGACAGAGGUCAUAUUCUACAAAGACGGGGUGGAGCUUCAGAGACAGCCUGGCCCAGAGCUGCGUGUCACCGACCUUACCCUGCAACACCACGGAUCCUAUUGGUGCAGAGCAUCCUGGGAUGGACGGAGGGAAACCAACUCUGUGAUCUCAGUGGCUGCUCCAGUGUCCAUCAUAGAGGUUCUGACAGAGCCCAUAUUGGAGAUUGUGCCCAAUGACCCUCUGAUCCAUAAAGACCGUAUGCUCCUGGUGUGUCAGGUCCAACUGAACGCCCGUGAGCCGGUUCCACACAUCCACUACUACUUCUACCAGGACGGGCUGAGUCUGGGGCCUGCCUCUUCCCAGGACAUAGUUACAGUACUGAAGGACUCAGGCCAGUACUGGUGCAAAGCCAGCGUUCCUACUCUGGGGCUGAAGAGGCUCAGCGAGCCCUUAGCUUAUGGGCGAGUGACAGGGAAACAUCAGGGACCAGUUGUCUCUCUCCAGCCCAGAGCUCCAUCUCAUCCAGAUCCUAUGAAAGGAACUCCCCAGACCACCACCUCUAUCUAGCCUUCUAAGCCGCCUACCUUCCCCGAUGUAUCCAGUGAUUCUCCAAACACACUGUCCUGUGAUGUUGUUGGUUCAGAUGAUGGGACAAAUGUUGUGGAGGGACUUCUUUUGAACAAUACCAGAUCAAUGYACAUUAUCACUAUCAGUUUCAGAAUUAGACCCUUUUGAACCAACUUAGUUGCAUCCCCAGUUUACCCAUUCAUAUGCCUCCAGAACGUACUUGUGUUUUAUAACAUUCCUUAUCUAAAUUAAUUAAUAAAUGACUCAUUAAUAGAAUGUUAUUUGUUAUUUGUUAUUUGUCUUAAGUUGUGAAUKAAUUGAAUUGUAUUUGCACUGUCGAUUGUAAACUCAAUCCAAAUAAAUCCAGUCAAAGGCAAACAUU